CACCCCAACAACAACUACAAACUCAUUUUUUGAGAUGAGGAUGAAUGCGAGUUGGAUGACGUCUGCCCAUCAGCUCAGCCUGAUUGUCUGAACACUCCAGGAUCAUAUCUUUGCAUUUGCUUCGAAUACGAUGAGGCGAACAAGAGAUGCAAAGGUUCGAAACCCGUUCUUAACUCCGAAGAGAAGAUUCCCGUUGAAAUUGUACCGGUUCAACCCUCUUUUGGACGAACUACCGCAGCCGUAAAGCCGCCAUUACUUAGGAAUCGACCUCAGCUACGACAACUUUAUCGACCACUACCACUACCGAGGCUCCUGCUACAGUGA